AUUAUUCCAUUGUGACUUGCUACCAUUGCUACAUAAAAACAUCAUUUUCCAUCGUGUCGCAAUAUCACUAACUAAAAUAUAUUACAUAACAUGACCCGUUGACCGCUGUCAUACAUAUAAACAGGCCAUCAUCUUGACCCUAGCUAUGGUAACGGCGGUUCCAAUGAAGGACCGCAAUGGUGGUUCUUCGAAACUAGGUGAUUUGCUUGGCUAUCGUGGUUGGCAGCACGAUGACCGUGAUGAUGGAGAUCAUAUCCGCGGUGGUGGAGAUAUAAUUGGUGUGCAUGAUAAGAAGUUAAUGAAUAGUAGUACUCUACUUGAGGCUGUGGAUGAAGAUCAUGCUAAGUUCUUGACAAGAUUGAGACAAAGAAUGGACAGGGUUGAGACUGAGACACCAAAGAUCGAAGUACGAUAUGAGAACUUAUCGGUUGAAGGAGAGGCUUAUGUUGGUGAUAGGGCUCUUCCGUCUCUCUAUAAUGUCACCUUUAAUUCAAUUGAGAGCACACUGCAAUCGAUCGGUCUGACUCCUUCUAAGAAGAGAAAUGUGAAGAUCCUUCAAUCUAUUAGUGGAAUCAUCAAACCAUCUAGGAUGACACUGCUUUUAGGUCCACCAGGUGCGGGCAAAACCACAUUGCUGCUAGCACUAGCUGGGAAACUUGGCCAUGAUUUAAAAGUGUCUGGAAAUGUCACAUAUUGCGGCCAAAAACUAUCUGACUUCGUUUCUCAAAGAACAUGUGCUUAUAUAAGUCCAAAUAACCUUCAUACUGGGGAGAUGACAGUGAGAGAGACAUUAGAUUUUUCAGGACGAUGUUUAGGUGUUGGGCCAAGAUACAAGCAACUUAUUGAACUCUUGAAGAUGGAUAAAGAGGAAGGAACCAAGGUUGAUCCUGAUAUCGGUUCGUUCAUGGAUGCCACUGGACACUCAGGCAAAGAAACCAAUUUGAUCACUGAUUAUGUUCUCAAGAUACUUGGUCUGGAAGCUUGUGCCGAUACUAUGGUUGGUGAUCAAAUGAGAAGAGGAAUCUCCGGCGGAGAAAAGAAGCGUGUCACUACUGGAGAGAUGUUAGUCGGGCCUGCGAAUGUCUUUUUCAUGGAUGAAAUAUCAACUGGUCUUGACAGCUCCACUACUUGGCGCAUCACCAAGUUCUUAAGACAGAUGGUUCAUGUAAUGGAUUUAACCAUGGUUAUUUCUCUUUUACAACCUGACCCUGAGACAUACAAACUUUUUGAUGAUGUCAUAUUAAUGUCAGAAGGUCAGAUUGUGUAUCAAGGUCCUUGCGAAAAUGUUCUUGAAUUUUUUGAAUGGAUGGGAUUCAAGUGCCCAGAAAGGAAGGGGGUAGCUGACUUUCUUCAAGAGGUAACUUCAAAGAAAGACCAAAAACAAUACUGGUUUAAGGAAAACGAACACUAUAGAUAUGUUACAAUCCCUGAAUUUUCACGGGCUUUUAAGUCUUUUCAUAUCGGACAGAAACUUGAAACAGAUAUUCAUACUCCUUACGAUACAUCCAUAACACAUCCAGAUGUUUUGGCCAAAGAAAAGUAUGGAGUAUCUAAUCUUGAACUACUGAAAGCAUGCUUUGAUAGGGAGUGGUUGUUAUCAAAGCGUAACUCUUUUCUGUACAUAUUUAAAACGUUCCAGUUGACAUUUAUGUCAUUGGUAAGCAUGGCUAUGUUUUUCAGAACUGAGAUGCAUGUUGGAAGCUUAGAAGAUGGGGGGAAAUUUUUCGGUUCACUUUUUUUUGGUCUUCUUAUUGUAAUGUUUAAUGGGAUGGCAGAGCUUGCACUGACAGUUAUGAGGCUUCCGGUUUUCUAUAAACAAAGAGAUUCAUUGUUGUAUCCAGCCUGGGCUUUUGCCCUUCCCAUUUGGAUACUUAGAAUCCCGUUAUCUAUUAUGGAAUCGGCAAUCUGGGUGGUUCUUACAUAUUACACUAUAGGGUAUGCUCCAGACGUCACCAGAUUCACUCAGCAGUUCUUGACCUUCUUUGCCAUACAUCAAAUGGCGCUUGCCCUUUUUCGAUUGAUUGCUGCUGUUGCAAGAACAGAAGUACUUUCAAAUACAUUGGGUGCCUUCACCAUGUUGCUUAUAGUCACCCUUGGAGGGUUCAUAGUGGCUAAGGAUAACAGUGAGGCAUGGAUAUCAUGGGGAUUUUAUGCUUCUCCUAUGAUGUAUGCACAGAAUGCCUUGGUUUUAAAUGAGUUUCUUGACAAAAGAUGGAGUACGCCAAAUAUAGAUCCCCGGAUCAAUGCAUUAACUGUUGGGGAAGCCCUUCUUAAAUCACGAAGCUUUUUUACCGAGGACUAUUGGUUCUGGAUAUGUCUUGGGACUCUCAUUGGCUUCUCAAUUAUCUUCAACGUCCUAUUUAUCGUUGCACUAACUUUUCUUAAUCCUCUUGGUGAUGCUAAACCGGUUAUCAGAGAGGAAAAGGACAUAAAUAAUUCGGAAAACGGUAACAGAAAAGAGGCUUAUGAAGGUAUUGAUAUAGAAGUGAGAAGCACCCCAGAAGAAAACAAUUCAAGCGCCAUUGCUCAACGUAUGGAAAGAAGAGGAAUGGUUCUGCCAUUUCAGCCUCUUUCACUUGCUUUCAACCAUGUCAAUUACUAUAUCGAUACACCAUUUGAAAUGAAGGCUAGAGGGGUUAAAGAUAAUAGACUGCAAUUGCUCAAGGAUGUUAGUGGUACUUUUAGGCCAGGGAUACUUACUGCACUUAUAGGUGUUAGUGGUGCUGGGAAGACCACCCUAAUGGAUGUGCUAGCAGGUCGGAAGACUGGUGGAUAUACUGAAGGAAGUGUCUUCAUUUCAGGAUACCCAAAAAAUCAAUCUACAUUUGCUCGUGUUAGCGGCUAUUGUGAACAAAAUGAUAUUCAUUCACCGAAUGUCACAGUUUAUGAAUCUCUUUUAUACUCUGCAUGGCUACGUUUAUCCUCAGAUGUUAACACAAAAACACGCAAGGUAUUUGUUGAUGAAUUAAUGGAACUAGUUGAGCUUCAUCCUUUACGAGAUGCAAUCGUUGGGCUGCCUGGAGUAAAUGGUCUUACAAUAGAACAACGGAAGAGAUUGACAAUAGCUGUAGAGUUGGUGGCAAAUCCAUCCAUCAUCUUCAUGGAUGAACCGACAUCUGGUCUGGAUGCUAGAGCCGCAGCCAUAGUCAUGCGUACUGUAAGAAACACAGUUGACACUGGGAGGACUGUUGUAUGCACAAUUCAUCAACCAAGCAUAGACAUAUUUGAAUCCUUUGAUGAGUUACUUUUGAUGAAGAUCGGAGGUCAAAUUAUCUAUGCUGGACCUUUAGGCCACCAAUCUCACAAGCUUGUGGAGUAUUUCCAUUCAAUUUCAGGAGUGCCAAAGAUCAAGAAUGGUUAUAAUCCUGCUACUUGGGUGCUGGAAGUGACUUCUGCUUUGGCUGAAGUUCAGCUUAAUGUUAACUAUGCUCAGAUUUAUGCCAACUCCAAGCUUUAUCAAGAUAAUCAAGAACUAAUCAAAGAGCUUAGUGUCCCUCCAAGUGGUUCCAAUGAUCUACAUUUUCGAACCAAAUACACUCAACCUUUCAUCAUACAGUGCAAAGCUUGUUUGUGGAAACAACAUUGGUCGUAUUGGAGAAAUCCUCAGUAUAACGUCAUUCGCUUUAUUACUACCAUCGUCAUUGCUGCUCUAUUUGGUGCUAUUUUCUUCAAAAAGGGUGAAAAGAUACAAAACCUACAAGAUCUUCUAGACGUGUUGGGAACUUUGUAUGCUAUUGUUAUUUUUCUUGGAGCGAUCAACACAAACUCUGUCCAACCUAUAGUUGCUGUGGAGCGAACAGCUUUCUAUCGUGAAAGAGCUGCAGGGAUGUAUUCAUCAUUUCCUUAUGCAAUUGCCCAGGUGUCCAUAGAAUCUAUAUAUAUCGUAAUCCAGACUAGUAUUUACGCCUUGUUUUUGUACCCAAUGCUGGGGUUCGAGUGGACUGCUGCCAAGUUUUUGUGGUUCUACUAUUUCUUGUUUAUGAGUUUCAUCUACUUCACAUUAUUUGGCAUGAUGACCAUGUCACUAACACCUACACCCCAAAUUUCCUCUGUUUUGAUAUACUUCUUCACCUGCCUUUGGAACUUGUUUUCCGGGUUCAUCAUCCCAAGACCGCAAAUACCAAUAUGGUGCAGGUGGUAUUACUGGGCACACCCUUUCAGCUGGACGAUCUACGGUCUCAUAGCUGGUGAACUGGGUCAGGUCGAUUACAUGUUCGAGGUACCAGGAGCUGGUAACAUGACUGUAAAAGGGUUCAUUAAAGAGAGUUUUGGGUUCGAGUAUGACUUCCUUCCGGUGGUGGCAUUAGCACAUGUUGGUUGGAUCAUUCUAUUUUUCUUUGCAUUCGUGUUUGCUAUCAAAUUUCUCAAUUUCCAGCACAGAUAAUAGUUGGGUUUUAUCUCUAUGUAAUCAAUUUAUGUUUCUCAAUGAACUCUUCAAAUAUUAGCUAGACAAUGGUUGUAAAACAGGCCAAAGGUCAAUUAGUAUUGGGUGACAAUAUAUGAUUUAUCAAAGGA